CGGCCCGGCUUGUCCUUAGUCCAUCGUCCCAGCAGUGACGCGCGACGGAUACAGGAAGCAGGAGAGGCGAGACGAGGCAAGCCGGCUGCAGAAUCUCUUGUCUCGCAUCAAAGUGUUUGACGUGAGAGAAUGGAGGGUAGCACUCUGUCGCCGUCCCUUUUCAUCUUGCUGGCUCAGUCAUAUCUGCCGCUUCGAACGCGGAGGCCUCGCGAUCGACACUCCCAAUGCUCGCAAAGCUGCCAGAACCAGGUCGUCGGUAGCUUACCAGGAUCGUCAGAGCCUGUCCAGGACGUGAUAUGUCUUUUUCCUUCCUGCCCACUGUGCAUUCUGCGGACGCUGGGCAUCUGCAUCCAUGUUUGCGACCGACAGGCAAUGGCGAGGACGCACUGGCUUUCCCUCUUCCACGCUUGGGUACACCUUUCCGUCCCCAAGUUCCACGAAGCCUCACUGACAUGUCCAUGCUAUCGUAUUUUGAGGUGGUCCCAUGCCGCUUGCUCGUACAAAGAGGCUUUUGUUCUCCACACGUCCAAGUAUCGCUUGCGCAAAGAACAGGAGACAUGCGCAGACUUUGUAUCCGCGAACUUGGACAUGGGGCGGGAGUGACUAUGCGCUAGUUACGCAUUUGCAGAGUUGACGAGUAUUGUGUGUACUUGGACAGGCGCUUCAGCAGCAUUGUGGGGUCGACGCCUGCUUUAACCCUUCCAACGCCAAUGCGGAAGCAAGCGCACGUUCGACAGACGGGAACCAGGUGCGGCAAGCACCCCGCACGGACCAUGCAUUGCCGUUUCAUUCGACCAGCCGCCCAUGCGAGGCAUCCUGCUGACUGCAUGCAGUCCAGCACGGACCACUGCAGCUGAGGGCCGUGCUUGUACAGUUGUCCGAGUGCAACGCGUGUCGUCGCUGGAUCUGGAUGCGUGUGCCAGAGUGAUG